UUAAAUGAUUUAUGGUGUUUUAUUUGGUCAAAAAGUGUCAUUUGACAUUUUUGAAGUCUCGCGAAUUGCGAGAUUUGGUGAUUUGAUAGUGAAAGGAAAAAGAUGGCGUCGUCCUUGGUGUUCAGACAGCUAUUGAAACACCGGUUACCUUGGCACCCAGAUCACCCCAAACUGAAGGUGCUGCUCACCCCCUUCUGUAUCAAGUUGGUACGACCCGGCAAGCCCCAACCCCCCGACACACUACAGUUCCAGAUACCUAUGGAGAUGGGGAGGCAAGAACUGAAAAUCUACUUAGAGGAGCUGUACAAUAUUCCUGUGGCGGACAUUCGUGUUAGAAUACAGAUGGGAAAAAGAGCAAGAAACUGGCAGAACAGAAUGUACUGGAAGACAGAAGACUACAAAGUUGCCUAUGUUGUUAUGAGAGAUGGACAGACAUUCAAUUUUCCCGACUUGCUCACCAAGAAGGAAGAAGACAAGACAGAGGUGGAAAAGAUGGAAGAACAAAUGUACGAGAAGGAAGUCGACAAACAGAGAGAAGUGACAAGAAGAGGGGGAAUUAACACCUGGUUUUGAUGUUAAAAUUAGUUUUUGUUAUUUUGAAGUAAAUGUACAAAAUAAAGUGAUCUUAGGAUUGUUAUUGUCGCCUUAU